CCAGCUUCUCCUCUCAAAAGGAGGGUCCGGCAGUUCUUGCUUUUAAACCCUCACACGAUCUUAGUCUAACCACGUCGUCGAAGAUGACCGAAAAGAGGCAAUUGCCCCGUCUUUUUCUCAUGCGCCAUGGCGAGACGGAGUGGAGUCUUAAUGGUCGUCACACUGGUCGCAGCGAUAUUCCUUUGACUCAAAAUGGGGUCGAAAUUAUCAAGAAAAAAGCCCCACAUAUCGCAGGGCCUGGAAAAUUCCUCGAUCCAACGCAAAUAGGAAAAGUCUGGAUUUCGCCUCGCCAGCGUGCCCGAAAGACUUUUGAAUUGCUGUUUGAUGGUCAUACACACGAAUUUACUCCUGCGGAGGAUGAUAGUUCGACUUGUAAGGGACCCGGAGAGCCAGGGGUAAUCCACACAACCGAAGAAGUCGCAGAGUGGAAUUAUGGCGAUUUUGAAGGUCUGAAGCCUGCCGAGAUACAGGCGAGGAAGCCAGGAUGGGCCAUCUGGACAGAUGGGUGCCCUGGAGGAGAGAGCGUCGAAGAGAUGACAGCUCGAGUGGACAAGGUCAUUGCAAAGGUACACGAGUAUCACCGUCAGUACUUUGAAGAAGGUCACGGCAAAAAAGACGUCAUGAUUUUCUCACAUGGCCAUUUCUCCCGCGUGUUCAUCUCGCGCUGGAUGGAGUUCACACCCGCUCUGGGGACGCAUUUUAACGUGGAAGCUGGAGGUAUUGCCCUCCUUUGCUACAAUCAUCGCAAUUUGAAAGAGCCAGCUCUCAGUGGCCUCAAUCUCUUUGCAUUCUCGCCCGAACACGUUUAACCAGCCUGAACUAAAUGGAAGUGGAAUUUCAAUAUAUUUUUCAUAUUUUGGAACGUCCAGCAAGCAGGAACAUUGACCAGGAACGGUUGUCUGAGUUGGUCCUUCUGUUUGAGCAUGCACAAUCAAUGCGCGCACAGGAAAACAGCGUCACUCACCAACAAGCGGAAGCCGCAAGACACUGGCAGGCGGCCGCCCGGCCAAGGUUCACCUUUUUCAUGUAUCGCUCAUUCAACAUCGGAGACUGCCACACCGUUGAAGAGCCGCAAUAUGUUUGGAAGCACCGGGAGUGGCCGUAUCUUAGGGUUAAUAGAAUGUGCCAUCGUCAGGCGCCCGGCGGCUUGAUUACACCCCCACGAUCCAUUUGGGAAUCAUUGCAUAAAAUCAAUGGCACGGCCACAUGAGCGCACAGCUGAACGGGCAACUGCCCCUAUCAGAGGAAAUUUUCAGUUGAGACUUUCACCUCACUUCAGAUCCACGUCCGU